AAACUGAAGGGAUUCCAUUUGUUUAGCAUCAAAAUCUACCUUCGUCUCGAAGUUUUCCACAGUUUUUAUCUUUCUCUCUGAGCAUUCCCAACUCUUUGUUUUGUUCUGCUUCACUUUGUUUAAGUUGGUGGUUUUACGUACAAGUAAAUUUUGGAGGAUAAUAAUGGCGAUGACACCCAAGGAACACAUAGAAAAGAUAAGGAAAGUGAAAUUUAAGAUUGGAGCUAAAGAACCAAUUCAGGUAACUGAUGAUCUUUGCUCGGUAACUGAAGAUCUUCAUCAAGCAGUCAAGAAUCUCUCUGCUGAACUUUAUGCUAAAGAUGUUCAUUUCCUCAUGGAGAUCAUUCAGAAUGCGGAAGAUAACGAGUAUCCGGAAGGAGUUAAACCUUCAUUAGAAUUUGUGAUGACUACUGCUGAUAUUACAGCUACUGGUGCUCCUGCAACUCUAUUAAUUUUCAACAAUGAAAAGGGGUUUUCCUCAAAAAAUAUCAAUUCUAUCUGUAGCUUGGGGAAUUCUACUAAGAAGGGCAAUAGGCAGCGAGGUUACAUCGGAGAGAAAGGAAUUGGUUUUAAGAGUGUGUUUCUGAUCACUGCGCAACCUUACAUCUACAGUAACGGAUACCAGAUAAUGUUCAAUGAACACCCAUGUCCAGACUGCGACGUAGGGUACAUAGUGCCUCAGUGGGUGGAGCAUCCUACUGUUGCUGAAAUACAGCAAACUUACGGGUCUGCCAAGUCUCUCCCCACCACAACCAUCAUUUUACCUUUAAAGCCGGAUAAAGUUCAUCCAGUGAAGCAACAACUCUCUAGCAUACAUCCUGAAGUGCUGUUAUUUCUUUCUAAAAUCAAAAGGCUUUCAGUUAGGGAAGCUAACAAGGAUCCCAAGCUCAAUACACUAUGUGAAGUCUCAAUUUCAAGCGAGACCGAAUUCGUUUCUAGGAAGAAUGUUGGUGCUGAGUCCUACACUCUUCAUCUCUCAGCUGAGGAGAACACUACUUCAACUGAAGGAGAGUGUAGUUAUUAUAUGUGGAGGCAAAGAUUUCCCGUUAAGCAGGAAAACAAAGUGGAAAGGAGAACGGAGGUUGAGGAAUGGGUUAUUACUCUGGCGUUCCCUUACUCGCAGCGUCUGAAUAGAGGAAUGACUUCUCCUGGUAUCUAUGCAUUUCUGCCUACAGAGAUGGUCACAAAUUUUCCUUUCAUCAUCCAGGCUGAUUUUGUUUUAGCAUCUUCCAGGGAAACUAUUUUACUGGACAACAAAUGGAACCAAGGGAUUCUUGAUUGUGUGCCCUUAGCUUUUACCAACGCCUUCAUUUCUCUCAUCAAAUCAUCUGAAGCAGCUCCACUUUCUACUCUUUCAAGUAUGUUUGAGUUCAUACCUAUCAAGCCUUCCUCGUACCCGAAGUUAGACACUCUAAGGGAAUCAAUCAAAAUGAAACUGAUGGAAGAGAAUAUUAUUCCUUCGGAAUCCAACACCGAACAGAAGUUUUUCUACAAGCCUAGGGAAGUUGGAAGGAUUAUACCUGAAUUUUGGACCAUCUUGAUGAAGGCACAGAAGCAGGGCGUGAGCUUGCAUAAUUUGUCUUCCCAUGGAAAAAAAGCUCUCAGUUCAGCAUUUGACAAGUCGAAGUAUGACGACAUACUGGAGUUUCUGGAAGUGAAAGGAAUGGAUAGUGAAUGGUAUGCCAGAUGCAUUCUGAGUUCUAAUCUUGUAAACGGAGUCCGAGAUGAUUUGUACACAGAGAUCCUUUCGUUUCUGUCAGAAUAUUGGGGCUUCUUUAUUAAUACGAACAUGAAGAACAUACCUCUUUUGAAAUACAUUAGUGAAUAUGAAUUUGUUACGUUCUGGAGCAUAACCGAAGCAACAACACUGGGUAGGAAACUCUGUCUGUCAAAAGAAUCUCGUCAUACCUCUUGGCUUAUUGUCUGGAACAACCUAUUCCGAUGUUCUCCAAAAUGUUACUUUAUGCCAGAAUCUACUCAAGAGGCUUUGCAGUCAUUUUCAAAGAGGGAGACAGUAAGGAAUUGGCUUUUCAGUUUUGGUUUGAGCGGUUUGAGUAUCUUUGAGUAUGCAGAUCUUCUCUUUGAUUCCUUGAAGAGCGCUGGUAAAAAUCAUGUCAUCAACUGUGCUCAUUUCUUAUAUCAAUCUUUAUCUCGUAACUAUUUAUCCGAAACUGAAGUUCAGAAAUUAUGCAAAAUGAUGCCAUUGGUUGAUAAGUAUGGUUGUGUUUCUACACAAAGAAAUGGGGUACUAGUUCCUGCCAGAGGUAGUAACUGGGUUAAAUUGAUCGGUUCAAAUCCGUGGAGGCAAAGCGAUUAUGUUGAACUAAGCGAGGAAUACUCCCAUCCUGCUCGUUUUGUUGGUUCACAUACAGAGGAGAAACAACUCAUGGCAUUUCUGACAAAAUAUGUUGGAGCUUCAGAUAUCCCCCACAUAUGUCCUCCCGAUGAACAUUUUCCAGCUGCUUAUUCUCCUUUGACGAAAGAAAACACUUUUCUACUAUUAGAAUGGAUUCAAAACCUCAGAUAUAGGAGAAAUCUGGUCGAAGGGAAUUUUUUGAGCUGCAUCAGAGAAGGAAGUUGGUUAAGGACGUGUUUAGGCGGCUCAACAAGCUACAGACCUCCAUCUCAGUCCUUCCUCCUUACCGGUGCUACGUCUGGGGACAGCCUGCUGCAAAAUGGGUCAGAGCUGGUUGAUAUUCCAUUGGUUGAUCAGCAGUUUUAUGGUAUUAGAAUCAAUCAGUACAAGGAAGAGCUGAAAUCUAUUGGCGUGAUGUUCGAGUUUGGCGAAGCAUGCAAAUUUAUGGGUAAGCGUCUCAUGUCUAUUGCAGCUAACUCCAAUUUAACAAAGUCCAAUGUGUUUUCGAUACUUAGAUUCAUAAGGCUUUUGAGAGAGAAGUAUUUACCUCUUGACGACUUCAUCAAGAGCAUCAAAGAUGGCAGCUGGUUAAGGACACGGAAAGGUGACUUGUCUCCAGUUGAGUCCAUCUUAUUUGAUUCAGAAUGGAAAGUUGCUGCACAAAUAAGUAAUCUUCCUCUAAUCGAUAAUGAUUAUUAUGGGGAGGAUAUUUCUGGAUUCAAGACGGAGCUUGAGUUGCUAGGUGUGAAGGUUGGAUUUCAGAAGAAUUAUAAGAUUGUCGCAGACUUCUUCAGAAUGCCUGCGUCACUUACAGUGGAAGCAACCUUUUUGAUACUGGAAUGUGUUCGCCAUACAAACUCAUCUACACUCGUGAACGUGCUUAAAAAUCGAAAAUGGUUAAACACUGGUGUUUUAAAAUCUCCAAGUGAAUGUUUUCUUUACAAUGCCGGAUGGGGAUGCCUUCUGAAGGUUUUUCAUGGGUUUCCAUCAAUUAGUGAAGAACAUUACGGACCUGCUAUAGUUUCUUAUAAGGGCGAGUUAAAAGGACUUGGGGUUGUUGUAGAUUUUGAUGAAGCAGCCAAAGUUUUUGCUAGUCAGUUUAAGCAGCAUGCAUCUUCAUCAUCCAUUACCAAGGAGAAUGUUCUAUCUUUUCUAUCAUGUUACAGGCACCUUAAGAAAACCUUACCAAUGGAAGUCAACAAGUGCUUACGUGAAGAGAAAUGGUUGCAGACUCGUUUAGGCAGAAGAUCCCCUAGUCAUUCUAUAUUGUGUAAUUCAGACUGGGAAACUCUCUCUUCGAUUGUUUCACUUCCUUUAAUUGAUGACAGGGAUAAAGGCUAUGGCAGGGAGAUUCUAGAAUACAGGGAGGAGUUGAAGGCAAUUGGAGUGGUUGCUGAAUUCAGUUCAGGGAUGCAGUUUGUGGUUGCUGGGCUCAAUAUUCCCUCUAAUCCAAGUGUUAUAGCUGCACCGAGCGUUUUUUCUCUUUUGACUUGCAUCAAGAUUUUGUUGAAGGAGAACAAGGAUUUACCAAAAGAGUUCCUUAAACGUGUAAAUAGAAGAUGGUUGAAGACUAGUAUGGGUUAUACAGAUCCUGGAAGUUGCUUGCUGUUCGAUUCUAAAUGGACAUCAUUGUUGCAGCAUGAGGAUGGGCCUUUCAUUGAUGAUGAGUUUUAUUGUUUCAAAAUUGCAUCGUACUCUAAAGAGCUCGAGGCCAUAGGGGUCACAACAGACGUUCAGCAUGGGUGUUCAUUGGUUGCCAACCAUUUAGAGUCUCAUUCUCAGUUUACCGUCAUUGCUCGGAUCUACAAAUGUUUGUGUCAUUUUCACUGGGCGCCGCAAAAAGGAGCUACUAGAGAGCCUAUGAACGAAGAUUCUGUACGGAUCUUUAUUCCAAAUGGAAGCAACAUGGGACGAUGGGUUGGUCCAGAAGAAUGUGUUCUUUAUGACAAGGACAACUUAUUUGGCUUGCAGUUGAAUGUUCUUGAGAAGCACUAUGAGAAGGACUUGCUCAAUUAUUUCUGCCUUUAUUUCGGUGUUCGUCAGAAUCCUAAUGCUGAUGAUUACUGCAAGCUUUGGAAAAAAUGGGAAAGUACUAAGCAAAAGUUAACGCCUGUGGAGUGCCGGGCUUUUUGGCUUUAUAUAGCUAAGCACUGGAACUUGAAGACACAGAAGCUUCUUUCUGAGAAGCUGUUGAAGUUGCCAGUGAGCAGUAAAGACUCAGCUGAAAUUCUUUUAUUGGACAAAGAUGCGGUGUUAAUUCCAGAUGAUUUGCAACUGCAGGAUUGUUUAGAGAAGGCUUCUCCUGACCCUUUAUUUGUUUGGUAUCCUAAGCCAAGUUUUCCUUCUGUGACUAAGAGUAAACUGAAUGAAAUAUUCGCUAGCAUUGGUGCUCGGACGAUUUCCGAAUCUGUAAGCAAAGAAGGAUCUUCAUGCCUGGAUACUGCAGAGCUCAGGAAAAUCACUUCGAAAGGUGCAUUUAUCAAGAAAGGUCUUGUUAGAAUCAUUCUUGCUUUUCUUGCAGAUCCUGCUCUUGGAAUUGACUUUGAGAAGAGGCGCCAGAUGGUUACUUAUCUUCUUGAUCUCAUGGUCUUUGAGACUGAAGAACCGAUAACAGCAACUUACAGCCUAAAACUGUCUACCGGCAGCAUCUUAAAGGUCGAUGUCAGCCGAAUGAUUCGGUGGGAGAGAGAGAACAUGAAGCUCUUUACCCAAAAGAUAGAUAGAUCUUCAGCUGGACAUAAGGAAAAUAUUGCAUAUGCGACCUACUUUUCUGAAGUUAUUGCCGAGGGACUUAUGUGGGAGAAGGCAGAUCAAAUCUCUGGCUUAUGUGAACUGAUCAAGUUGGGUUGGCUAUUAGAUUUUGAAGAGGAAGCCAUCAGUUUCUUGUUAAAGAGAAAAAACUUGCAGCUUUGCUACGAGGAUGAAGAGUUCCUGAAGUCUGCAUUUGCACCAGAAUAAUUAUCUUCAGUCAGUCAUCCUAGUUAUCCUUUUACUUGGCUUUGCGUUCUCUAUUUAAUGUUUUUAGUUGCUUAAGACUGUGUUCCGUUUAUGUAGCUUGCAUUUGCAUUAUCUUUAAUAAUUUUUAUCUUGAACUUGCUUAAAUCAACCGAUUACGUUGUUCUUGA